AUGUUUUUCUCAACCUUUUUUUUAUUCAAAAAAUCAAACAUCGCUUUGAGCCCAAAACACUUCAAAGAGUCCAAACAGACAACGAAUGAACAGCUCCAAAGACUCCAACGACGUCUGGCAGGGUCCACCACCAUCAACCACACAGAGACUCAGCAGUCAACAGCAACAGCCACCGUCAAGUACGACACCACAAACACUCCAAUCAACAAGGGAACAGAUGCCACAAACCAAAAUGACCAUAAUGAACCACAGCAGGAUAAGCUGCUAUUCUUCAACUAUCACGAAUACAUGGUUAAUAACUACACCGACUUGAGAACUGGAUUCCAUGAUAUCCACGACCAAGCUGUUGUGAUUACACAUUUCCCCAACUAUUCUGUCCCAGAAGAUUCAGAAUUGAAUAAAGAAACAAGAAUUGUAAGGAUACCCAGAAUCUUUGGUGUUAAAGGAAUAGUGUACCCUGAAUAUUCAACAUUACUUCCAGGCAAUGAAGCUGCUGCUAUUCAAGAAUCUAUUGGUGGUGAAUCUAAUGAAAAUGAUGACUUGAUUAAAGAAUUCAUACCCAAGGGUAUAUAUGAAGGUCAACUAUUUGGUACUACAUCAAUAAGUCCAUUAAGCAAAUAUUUCGAUGAUGAUGAAUUUACAGAAUUAAUGACAACGAUCAACUCCAAAAUAAGGAAUUGUUAUUCAAGUUAUCAUUUUUGGAACAUUUUAGAAUUUCUUUUAGACAUGUUGACAUUUUGGCUUCUGAGUGAUAUCUUCAAAUUCCAGUCCAAAAGGCUACUUGAUGAGUUAGAACAAUUUAUAGUUGAAACCAACAAAGAAUUGGAACCAAGAGGUGUCAAGAUCAUUUCACCCCGGAGGACAGCUUAUCUUUCGAUUGACUUCCAGAUACCAAAACCCAAUUUAUAA